UGAGACUGAAAUAAUGCCCAACACACUGCUUUCCUCAUUGAACUUACUCUAAAGUUCUCUUUAUGGCGUUUCAAAAUGACAGACUCUAGCUUGAGGAACGAAAGCAACUAUGGGAUCUAUUUCACUGAAGCUUUCAAUGGAUCUGUUUUGGAUCAUAUAUUUCCCAACAACAGCAACACGACGUGCAGGAACUUCACAUUGGACUCACAGGUUGUCGGGGUUGGGAUAUUUCUCUCCGUUUUUAUUUUGGUGGCAAUUGUUGGGAACAUUUUGGUUAUCCUGUCUGUGGUGUGUAAUAAACAUUUACAGACUGUCACAAACUAUUUCAUUGUCAAUUUAGCUAUGGCAGACCUGCUGUUGAGUAUUAUUGUGCUGCCUUUCUCUGCGUCUUUGGAAGUGUUGGGAUGCUGGGUGUUUGGCCGUGUUUUCUGUAACAUUUGGGCAGCGGUGGAUGUGCUCUGCUGUACCGCAUCCAUCCUCAGCCUCUGCAUCAUCUCCAUCGACCGGUACAUAGGUGUGAAACACUGUCUUAAAUACCCCAGUAUAAUGACAGAGAGGAAGGCAGUGGCUAUUUUAAUCAUAGUUUGGGUAUCAUCCACUGUUAUCUCUGUCGGACCGCUGCUGGGAUGGAAGGAACCACCGCCUGUCGAUGAGAGCAUCUGCAAGAUCACAGAGGAACCGGGAUACGCGCUCUUCUCCUCGCUCUUCUCUUUCUACCUCCCGCUCAUGGUCAUUCUCAUCAUGUAUUUUAGGGUCUAUGUGGUGGCCCGCAGGACUACUAAGAGUUUAGAAGCGGGUGUCAAACGAGAGAGAAAUAAGUCGAUGGAAGUGGUCCUUCGGAUACACUGUCGCAGCGUGCUGGAGGAUGCGCGUCCGGACAGCUCAAAGAGCAACAAAAACCACCCGUUUCGAAGUUCGCUAUCUGUGCGGCUGAUGAAGUUUUCCAGGGAGAAAAAAGCUGCUAAAACCCUCGCCAUCGUCGUGGGGAUGUUCAUCCUGUGUUGGCUACCCUUUUUCUUCCUUCUACCCAUGGGUUCCUUCUUCCCGUCACUGAAGCCAUCUGAAACUGUGUUCAAAGUGGUCUUUUGGCUGGGCUACUUCAACAGCUGCAUAAACCCCAUGAUUUACCCCUGCUCCAUUAAAGAGUUCCAGCGGGCUUUCACUCGGCUCCUCAGGUGCCAGUGUCACCACAGACGGAGGGUCCUGCGUCGCUUCUACGACCAAAGGUGGCGGACAGCUGUCAGGGGAAUGACAAGGGAUCAGAGAGGAGAAUAUAAACCUGGCUAUACUGUGCAUGAAUCCUGUGGCAGCUCUUUGUUACACAAGGGGAAAGGGCGCUCGCUAAGUUUCAAGAGAUGGAACCUGUUUCCACCGCUGGAAAAGUCCUCCUUCCAGCUCAAAGAGAAAGUGAACAAUCUGUCAAAUAAAAUCAAGGGAGGGACGGGAAAAGGUGCCACACCUGCAGUGGGCCGGAUUGAAAUAGUCGACACAGUCUCUAUGGGGAUUUACAAUGCCUGUGAGCAGAGCAGUUAUCAGUUCUAUGAUCUGGCAGAAUGUUAUGGCCUGAAAGAGACUGACAUUUAGAGGGGCACCAGAGAAUGUUUUAUUUAUUUUCAAAGAGCCAUGUUGGACCAACAUGUAAGACAGACUGAUAGGACGUAAUUUUGUGCUCACAAAAUAUCUGAGAAUCAAAGCUCGAUCAAAGUUGUGGACCAAGAAUGAUGGCUUGAGCCCAGCAUAAACAGGACUAAAUCUUUUUAUCAAUCCCUCAUGACCAUCGUGUUUAUUUAGAUGAAAAGUCUUGUGAACAGCUUAAAGCUGUGUUUUUGGAAGUGGACACAAAAGUAGCCAGCUCCUUGGGCUUUAUUUUACCGCUGGUACUUGGAAGCACUGUGUGUUGGUGCUCCUUGGCCUACAUUUCAUCUGUGUAUGCACUUUUGACAUCUUUAUCAUUAUUAUUAUUCUUUCUUUACAUUUAUGUCAGGCAGUCUCCAUGUUUUUAUUAGCCAUCUGACACUGUGUGAUGACUGUGAUUCAGCUGAUUAAAAAAUAAAUGAAUCACACAACUGUACCCAAACAAAAAACAAAAGUUUUGAGGCUGUAACAAAGGGACAUUAAAAUCAUGAGAGCAAUUUCUGUUGUUGCUAAAAUGUCUGAAAUUAAUCAAAUGUAAUAUGUUAGAAUGAAUUAUGAUACUUCAUCUAUCAUUUUGUUUUGACAAGGCAUUGUAAAGAUAAGGAGCCAGCUACAAAUUAAAGUGCUGCACAGUAUUUAUUAUAAGUGUUGGAUUUAUAACUUGACUUCUUCCGACUGACAUGUUCACUUGUUCAAAUACAAAUCCAUACAUAUACUUGGCCCACCUAACUGUAAUUUGCAUCGCCAAGUUAGUGCUAAUGUGAAAUGAACAUGCUUCUUUUGUUUUUUCUGAUGUUAUGUUUGUUUAUGUCAAAUGAAAAGCAAAAUAAAAAGGG